AAGAUGGUCCGACUUAUCGUUCUGAUUAUAAUGGCAACGCUGCUGCUGGCUGCACUCGGUAACCCGGGUAAACCGGGUAGAGGAGGACGAGGGGACGAGGCUAGAGGCAAGAAACCUGUUGCCAUGUGCAGAUAUCUUGACAACUGCAACUUUCCUUUCUUUCCUUGGUGUCUCCAGGACUUCAAUGUAGCUGCAACAGGACGAACCAUCUUGUACAGCCGACCCCGCUCUGGCCUCCUCACCUCCGGAACCAAGAAACGAGACAAGAUGGGGUCUAUAGUGCUGUUCAGUGAAGAGGAGGAAGUGAUAGAGCUGACGCUGGAGAUGGCACUCGCUAAAAGUAGGAAUGAGGCGGCCCAAAUGUUCGUCACUGUGUUUAGAUCUAUGUGCCCUGAUUUCCUAGCAGACAUAACAUUGUGUGACCCGAUGUUCACACACGACGAGGCUUUCCCUAUCUUUGAUUCGUGCGACGUGUUCCUCAAAGACACGGAACAAAAGAUCAACUUCAAUUCCUUGAGACUGGAAACUGACGGAGUUUUUCUGCAGCUGUUCUUCAACGACGUUGAGAUAGGGAAACUGGCUCUGCCGCAUAUUGGCUGUGACGUCACUGCCCCCCGAGUGGAAAUUACCAAGGUCGGUUUUACAAACAAGCCCCGCUCCAUGUCCCAAUCUCCAAUGUGCUGCAACUAGGAACGAGACUUCUGUACCCUCAUGAUCUAAACUGACAAACAUUGUUAAGUUCAUUUUCUGCAGAAAUAUCAACAAAUCAUCAGAACAAUGACUGACGAGAAAUGAUAUAAGAGACAAAUUGGACAUCUUCCAAGUUUAGUUUUAUGAGUAUUAUUCGUUAAUUAUAUAGGCACCGCACAAUAUUUUUAAUUACAUCAAUGAGUAACAGCUCGGAGAGCUUCAAGGGAGCCCUGAGCGAAUUAAAUGGUGUUUUACAUAACAUCUUUCAAACUUCUGAUUUGCACCACAUUCCACAACCUAAACAAUUAGAGCUUUUAUGUGAAACAUUUCAUCCAUAAUAUUCAUUAGAAAAUGUUAAAUUCAAUCUCAUGGAGUUGUGGGAUAGGGUCAGACUAUUUAUAUAUUUGAUUUAUACAUUAUGUGGACCAUUCUUUGAUUUUCAUCUUA